ACACCGCAGGAGCAGGUACGCAAGUGGCAGUCCUCUAUCCGGCAUGAGCAGCGUCUCAUGGACAGGCAAAUCCAGUCGAUUGCACAAUCAGAGCAAAAGACAAAACAACAAAUCAAGGCGCUCGCAAAACGAAACGACGUCAAGCACUGUCGCAUGCUCGCUCGCGAAGUUGUUAGAGCGAAACGCGCACGGCAUCGUAUGGAAGCAAGCAAGGCGACCAUGGCAUCACUCUCUAUGCAGCUGAAUGAACAGCUUGCGACUGCCAAGAUUACAGGUGUCUUGCAGAAAUCAACAGUCAUGAUGAAGGACGUCAAUGGCUUGGUCAAGUUGCCAGAGCUGCAAGCAACCAUGUCCAAAUUACAGAUGGAGAUGCAAAAAGCUGGCAUUAUGGAUGAAAUGAUGGAGGACGUCAUGGACUUUGCUGCUGAAGAGGAAGAUGAAGAAGAGGCAGAGGAGGAGGUCAAUCGCAUCUUGGGUGAAAUCACGGGAGAGUCCUUUGCCAAGGUCGGUCCCGUUCCUACAACACAGCUUCCAGCUGCACCAUCAGCAGAAGAGGAAGAAGAGGUGGAAGCACUCGAA